AAAGAGAGCAAGGAGGAGAGAUAAAAGCAGAACUCGAGUUCAGUUAAAGCUUUAGUUUUUUGUUAUCAAAAUUUGUUCUUUUACAUUUUGUUUUUGUUAAUUUUUGAGGAAGACAUGAGCAAUGUUCAUGAAGAAGCUAUCAAGAAAUUUGUGUCUUUGAUGGAAAAUGUUGACGAGAAAAUGAAGGGCACAUUUCAGAACAUGCACCAUGGGCAUCUAGCUGAAAAUCUAGAGAGGUUUCUGAAAGCAAGAGAUUGGGAUGUUCAGAAAGCCUAUAAAAUGUUAACUGAUUGCUUACAAUGGAGAAUACAGAAUGAAAUUGACACUAUAUUAUCAAAACCAAUUAUUCCAGCUGACUUAUAUAGAGCAGUGCGAGAUUCUCAGCUUGUAGGAUUGUCGGGUUACUCAAAAGAGGGUCUUCCUGUCAUUGCUCUCGGUGUUGGGCUCAGCACAUAUGACAAAGCAUCCCCUGCGGCCCAGAGAAAGUAUGGACGACAUAUUGGAACGUGUCUGAAGGUUUUGGAUAUGACUGGCUUGAAGCUUUCGGCAUUGAACCAAAUAAAGCUACUGACUACUAUAUCAACAAUUGAUGACUUGAAUUAUCCGGAGAAAACAGAGACAUAUUAUAUUGUCAAUGCGCCAUACAUAUUUUCAGCAUGUUGGAAGGCUGUUAAACCUCUCUUGCAAGAAAGGACGAAGAGGAAAAUUCAGGUGCUUCAAGGUUGUGGACGGGAUGAGUUACUCAAAGUAAGAAAACACUCAUCCGUGCAUGCUCAUAAAACUCUCUUAAAAUCAUGUUUUCGUUUUUUGAAUAGCAGCAAUACUCUCUUGUUCUUUUGGAUGCACAUACCACCUCUUAUUGGUGGUUGUAUGAAUUAACUGCGCUAAGUUUCG